AUGAUGACGUCGGUAAAUCUAAAUAAAUUAGUGGAAACUCCAUAUAUGAUGGAAAUUAUAGUGUAAGUGUUGCCCAACAUGAUUCUUAAAGCAACUGAGAUUAUUAACAUUAAAUAAAUCUUCUUGAAAAAAUUUUCAAAGAUGUUGAAAGAAUUCUUCAUAAGUAAAUAAAGAAUUCAAAUGUAUAAAUCACAACAGAAAAGGCAUCUGUAGGAGUCAAUAAAUGAAGUUAAUAAAGAAUCUGAAGCAGAAAUUUAAGUUGAUUAUGAUGAAUUUUUGAAAGUUACUCAUAACGAUUUAUAAAAUUUGGAAACUAUUGAUCACCAUUAAAUUGUAAUUGGAGUUUGGAAUAUUUUGGAAGAAAAUUCAAUCCCUUAAUAAUUGUAAAUCUCUUAAGAACCUGUAGAAGUGCAUAAAUAACUUGAAAAUAUAUUUGAAAUAAAUCUUUUGCUACCAAAUUAGAUAUUAAAGUAAAUAAAAAUUAAAUAGGAAGAAAUAAUCUAAUUUGCCAAUGAUGCAUUAAAAGAAUACAAUCUUACGAUUUAUGACUUUUAUCAAUUAUUACAAUUUGAAAUAAAUAGAAAAACAGAGAAACUUAGGAAAAUCUAUAGAUACUGAUCGUUUUCUGCAUGAUCUAUUAGAAUACUCAAUUAGAUUGGCUAAAACAAUGAGUAAGAAUGAGAUGACAUCAGUUUAAUGUAAGUAGCAAGGAUUUUAUAUUAAAACGAAAGAAAAGAAAAGAAGAACAAUGGCUAAACGAAUUUUUAAUUAUGAUGAUUAAUAUGGAGCUUAUAAAAAAGAUAUAAGAAGUUGUUCACUUGUCUAAUAAAAAGGUGCUAACUUAUAAUUUAUCCAUAAAUCAAUAUAAGAGUUCUUGAUUGCAGCUGAUUUAUAUGAAGUUUUAGUUCAAUCAAAAAAUUUAGAUACAUAAAUAUUGAAUAUUAUAAACGAAUCUUUGUCAAAAGAAGAGAAUCAAAAUUAGAAUUGUAUUGAGUUUCUAACAAAUCUUAAGUAAAACUAUGAAUAGAAUUAUAGAAAAAUUGAAAAUUUAUCUCUUGUGUAAAAAUAGAAAUAAUUGGAUGCUUUUGAAUGGACUAUUUAUUCUAUUACUCGUUUAAUUACAACCAUAAAAGAACAUGAUAUUAAUUCUAUUAAUUAUUCCACCGAAAUCUAUGCAGAAACAAGAUUAUAUCUCAAUUAAAAAAUAUAUCAAGAGGUUAGGAUAAUAGAAUUUUUGAAAUUCUUAGUUCAUCUCACUAAGAUAGAUAAUAAAUUUAUAAUAAGUGGGUCUAAUGCACUUAAUAUAUUGGUUGAAAUGACGUGGAUCUAACGAAUUAAAAUUUUGAAAAUAUAAGAAUUAAAAAUACUAAUUUAUUUGAGGGUAAUUUUGCUAAAUGCAAUUUAUCUAAAUCUUAAUUUAUGA